GAGGUGGGGGUGUGACUUUUAUACAACAUGCAUGACCUCCUGCCGUACCAAUACCCAGAGAUAAAAAAAAAAAAAUAACCAGCCACAACAAGAACACUGCACUUCCCCGUCUUUCAUUGAGUCCAGAAACCAAUCUUCACCCCCAAAAAAAAAGAAAACAUGUCACACUGCCACGACGAGCAUGGUGGCGACGACCACCAUCACCACCACGGCGAGGACGGUCACGACCACAGCGACGACCUGACACCCGCCCUGCAAAACUCACUAUACACCCGCAUUGAGUUUGACAAGAUCGUCACGCUCAAUGAGGACGCACACAACUCCGGUCUGGCCGUGGUGAAAAAGACGUGGGCCGAACGCCUGACCCCGACGCCGGAGCUGGCCAGCGACGCCGACGAGCAGCUGCUGAUGCACGUGCCCUUUACGGGCCAGGUGAAGCUGCACUCGAUCCUGGUGCGCACGUCGGACAGCGACUCGGCGCCCCGCACCCUGCGCGUGUUCGCCAACCGCCCGGAGAGCUUUGACUUUUCGGCCGCGGAGAGCGAGACCCCGCUGCAGGAGAUUGAGCUCAGUCGCACCUCGGCGGUGCAGGAGCUGAAUGUAAAGAGGGCCAAGUUUGGGGGCGUGGCGAGGCUGUCGUUGUUUUUUGUGGAUAAUUUUGGGGAUGGCGAUGAGGACGUCACCAGGUUGUCGUAUCUGGGGUUCAAGGGCGAGUGGAUGCCGCUGGGGAGGGCGCCGGCCAAUAUUUUAUACGAGGCGGCGGCGAAUCCGAGUGAUCAUGCGCUCAAGGGGACUAGUGUGAAUGCUAUGGGGAGCGGGAUUGGUGGUAGAGGACCUGGGGCUUGAGGGGUUUGUUCUUUAUUCUUGGGGUGGUGCCUCUAAUGAAAACAUAAUCUGGGAAACGGGAUAUUGAUUUUGUGCUUUUCCUUCUGAAAGCAAAAGUUUGGCCAGGUUGAAGUGGUGGUAACUACAACAUGCCAUGGACCUAUGCAGAAGAAACAAGGAGGCAAGCAGAAGAUCAGAAAGAACUAGUAGAUUACUGUAUCAUUAUUCAAGCAUGGUCCGCGUCGAAUUCCCU